UGAUGGAUGCGUACAGGAAAUCAUUGGUUGGGCCCUCAAAAUAGAAGUUUUGUUUCCAAACCGAAAUAUGACUGAGAGGGUCGCUUUCUUGGUGAUUGCGAAAUUGCAGCUUCACAACCAACGUUCACUUGUAUUUUUACCCCAAAGGCUCAGAAAAUACCAUUUUACACCAAAAGGAAUUAUGACCACGUUCUGUCAGGGUCACCAAAGGGCUGACGUGAAGGCCCAUUUUCUCUUGCACUUUCAAGACUCCACACAAACAGGAAGCACACCAUGUUCAGGAUUAUUCUUUUGGUCACCCUGAUAUUUGGCAUUGCAGCCAAGCCAUAUAAGCCGUGGAAUAAAUUUAGCAGCAAAGUCUUCCAGGACACCAUGUCAGAAUAUGGAAAAUUGCCUUUAGAUGUGGAAGUGGAGGCUCCAGAGGACAUGGAUGAAACUGACUAUGAUAUUGACCCGAAAAUGAAGAUCUGGAAUAAUGUGGACGCCACAGGGACAGAAAAACAGUUUGCUGUGGCAGAAGUGGAUUUAGAUGAUGUUCAUCAUCCUUCUCUGAAGACAUUUCCAGCUGAAUAUGAAAAGGUUUUCAGUGAGGAGUCUGAGCAGGACCGAGAUGCCGUCGUCUACCAUGAAGCCAGAGCGCAACUAGAUGAAUAUCUUGCCCCGCUCACUGCUGAAUACAGAAUGGCCCGACUUGUACAACCCCAACCAGACAUGACUGAACCACUUGAUCGAGUGAGACGUCAUCUGGAGCCCGAGGUGGACGUGGAUGACUUGUACCAUUCUGACCAGCAAACCUGGAUGUCAAGUUACCUUGACAAUGACAACGCUGCUGCUCCUCUUGAUUGGCAGUUGGAAAGAAAUUACGACCAACCAGAGGAAGAUCUCGAUCAUCUCUACCACCUUUGACAUUUGGAAAUGCGUGCUUUUAUGUCCACCACUGAAUGUCUUUUAAUUCUGAAGAUGUAUGGUGCAAGUUGUUCGAAGGAGCAACAGAGUCAUAAUAAUAAAAUUUGUACCGGCCUUGUGCUAUGUUUGUAAAUUGAGGACGACUUGUGAUUCUUUUGACUAAAAAUUGUAUUAUGAUUAAGCUUCAAAAAAAUAUUCUUUGGGGUUUAAUCAAAAUGUCUUCAAUUCACAGGUAAAUUGAAUAAUCAAAAUAUAUGCAACUUCAUCUAUGAUUGGGAGGAAAAAAUUGUCAUGAUUGGUACGUUAUUAAUCCCAUGACCACAGUUGCUGCUGCUGCUUGUUGUUGUUGCCCCCCAGGGCAUAACUCAAAGCAGAGACGAGUGGUAAUAUUCAGACAGUCGCUGCAGCCAAGAA